AUGGCCGGUCCAAGGGUUUUCACGCAGUCUCAGGUUGCCCAACACAAAUCCAACAAAGAUUGUUGGCUCGUGAUCAAUGGCAGAGUGUUGGACGUGACAAAGUUUUUGGUGGAACACCCUGGUGGGGAAGAGGUGAUUUUAGAAGUGGCUGGGAAGGAGGCCACAAAUGAGUUUGAUGCGAUCGGACACAGCAAGACAGCACAAAAGCUGAUACUAAAAUACCAGGUUGGUGUCCUCCAAGGUGCCACGGUUCCAGACGUAGACAUGAACGACGGUGUUGUGGACAAGGAAUCCAACACCAAAGAGAUGAGUGCCUUCGUGCUCAAAGAUGGUGCAAACUCCAAGUCCAUCGCAUUUUACGAGUUCUUUGUUCCUCUCCUUGUUGCUGGUCUCUACUUCGGUUAUCGAUGUCUUACCAUAUAA